AAUUCGCACAACCACACGCGCGCGCACACAUGUGCGUGUGCCGUGGCAUCAGGAGACCCGAUGCUUUAUUGUCUUUGUGGAUGGGUGGAGGUCUGGGCGCUACGCUGAUGCAGGCAUCACGCUGAGGGCCAAUUGGUUGCCUGCCUUAAACCUUCAGCCGUUAUCUUCUCUCUUCCUUCUCCGGCUGUCUUCGCGUCUCUCCUCGUCCUCUGUCUUCAUUCAACUCGUGAAGAAUGAUUAGCAUACGGGAGGUGAGAGGAACUUUCCAGCGCGAGUGAACAGGAGAUAAAGUGCGCAAAAGGAAGGACGCUGGAAAAUACUAUCAGCAGUGAUUGGAAAGUUUGAGAGAAGGCAACAUUUCCAGACUGAAAAUGAAAUUGGAGGAGGUGUAGUUACCUCUUAUCAGUUGUCUAACAGAGAGGGCCGUGGGGCAAACAGAGGUCUGAACCAAAGAGCAAUUACAACGGCAAUUACAUCAUAUGGAGGUGGAUGUAGCAGAUGAAAAGCACCAUCGCACACGCUCAAAAGUUCCCCUGGAGCCAGCCAUACAAAAGUUGUUCAGUGUGUAUGGCUGUCCUGUCGCCAAGAAGAAAAAACCCCUGGAGAGUCAUGCCCUGGAGCCCUCGCCCAAGAGGAAGGUCUUUCUAACAGUUGUAGACCAGCAGUCAAUGGAGAAAUGCUAUAACACACACAAGAUUGAGGAGAUGGAUGAAAAAGAAGAGGAAGAGGAGGAGGAGGAGGAAGAGGAAAAGGAAGACGAAGACGAAGAGGAAGCGGAGGAGGCAUAUACAGACAACGAGGACCAAUAUGAACAGGAAGAGGUAGAAGUGAUUAAUGGAGAAGAGGAAAAGGUGGAGCAGGAAGAAGAGGAAGUGGUGGAGGAAGAUGAGGAAGAAGAAGAAGAAAGAGAAGGGGAGGAUGAUGAAGAAGAGGAUGAGUCGGAGGAAGAUGAGCAAGAGGCUGAGGAGCAAAUUCAAGAAAUAGAGAGUGACCAUAUGAAUUGCAGUUCCAGCAGGACAAGCCCCUCCAUGGAAAAAGACAACAACAACAACGAUGACUAUGACAACUACGAUGAACUGGUGGCCAAAUCUCUGCUUAAUCUGGGCAAGAUUGCAGAGGAUGCCGCUUACCGGGCCAUGACUGAGUCUGAGAUGAACAGCAACUCUUCAAACAGCGCAGAAGAGGAAGAGGAUGAGGAAGAAGAAGAUGAAGAGGAUGAAGAAGAUGAGUAUGAGGAGGGCUCAAGGAAAGGUGAACUGAGUCUAGAUGUCAACAGUGAUGUGGUAAGGGAGACUGUGGACUCUCUAAAGCUCCUGGCACAGGGUCAUGGAGUCACACUCUCAGAAAACCUCCACGAAAAGCCUUUUCAGGACGAUGGGAGCGAGAAAACGGACUGUGGAUACAUCAACGGAAAUGGAUCUGUGGGUAAUGGAGUCAAUGGUAACUGUGGUAAACCCACCAGUAAUAGCCAGAUGGCAGAGAAGAGUGAUGAGGAAGUUUGUCUGAGCAGUUUGGAGUGUCUUCGCAACCAGUGCUUUGACUUGGCACGCAAGCUAAGUGAGACCAAGCCAACCGAGCGGUUCAACAAUAACCAGCAGGAGGCUCACCAGCUUUAUCAAGAAGCCCAACAGCAUCAUCAGCGUCAGAGUACCGAGGAGUCCCAUGUCCUUGAGCAGAAUUACUCUGACAUGGUCAACCUGAUGAAGCUUGAGGAGCAGCUCAGCCCAUGCUCCAAGACUUUCUCCAGCUGUGCCGCAGAGCACAAGAGCUUCCAGGACUGUGAUGAAGACACCACCUCCGUCACGUCGGACCGCUCAGAUGAUGUUUUCGAUAUGACCAAAGGCAACCUGUCACUGCUGGAGAAGGCCAUAGCACUGGAAAUGGAGCGGACCAAAGCUUUGCGGGAAAAAAUGGCUUCGGAAGCAGUCAGGAGAGAUAGACUGCAUUUGCAUGAUCAUGGUUUGAGGCACAGCUAUGCGGAGCAGCGGAAGGCACGUAUGCACCACGAUGGCCUGAAGAAGCCCUACUACCUUAAAGAUUCCUCACGGUCAGGGAAAAAAGAGAGUCGGUGUCCAACGCCUGGUUGUGACGGCACAGGUCAUGUGACGGGUUUGUACCCACAUCAUCGCAGUCUGUCUGGAUGCCCUCAUAAAGACAGAGUCCCACCAGAAAUUCUUGCAAUGUAUGAAAAUGUUCUUAAGUGCCCUACGCCUGGCUGCACGGGCCGGGGUCACGUCAACAGCAACAGGAACUCUCACAGGAGCCUAUCGGGCUGUCCAAUAGCGGCUGCAGAGAAACUGGCCAAAGCCCAUGAGAAACAUCAGUCAUGUGAUGGAGGCAAAUCCAACCAGGGUUCAGAUCGUGUGCUCAGGCCCAUGUGCUUCGUCAAACAGUUAGAGAUUCCACAGUACGGCUAUAAAAACAACGUGCCCACUUCAACCCCACGAUCCAACCUGGCUAAAGAGUUAGAGAAAUACUCCAAAACCAACUUUGACUACAACAGCUAUGACAACACCAACAUCUACAGCAAACGGCAUACUGCUGUACCCAAAGUCCACAGUCGGGACACACUGCCCAAAACUGAUGAUGUGAAGCGCUACUGCAAGAGCUCCAGUUCGGCAAGCAGCACCACCAGCAGCUACGGACCCAGCAGCAGCAGCCUGAGCUGUGGAGGAGGAGGAGGAGCAAGCAGCGCCAGCAGCACCUGCAGCAAAAGCAGCUUCGACUACUCACACGACAUGGAGGCGGCGCACAUGGCUGCUACCGCCAUCCUCAACCUCUCCACCCGCUGCAGAGAGAUGCCACAGAGCCUGAGCGGGAAACCCCUGGAGAUCUGCACACAGUCUGAUGAUCUGGAUCCCUUCCAGGACAUUUUAGAGCACAGCGCGUACACUACUGAUGUUGGCAUUCCCACUCCCAAACCAAAAUUCCCGCCUUGCAAAGAUAGCAAAAAGGACCUGAUAACUCUUUCAGGUUGUCCUUUAGCCGAUAAAAGCAUUCGGAGUAUGAUGGCCACCAACUCACAAGAACUCAAGUAAGGAUCAAACUGUUGUAACAUAAUGUUAUCCCACUCCAGAUCUAAAGC